AUGUCAGAUGACACUAUUCAUAAACGAAUUCUUUGUAUUGCUAAUGAUAUCGAAUAUCAGCUCGUCGAAAAAAUAAACAAAUCUUUAUUUUAUGCCAUCCAGUUGGAUGAAUCAACGGAUAUAAGCAAUUCAGCUAUAUUAUUAAUUUAUGUAAGGUACAUUGAUGAUACAUUUAACGAUAUAAAAGAAGAGUUUUUAUGCACCUUAAAGUUGAAAACAUUUACUACAGCAGAUGAAAUUUUCAAAACAAUGAAUAGUUAUAUGAUAUCUAAAAAUAUUAACUGGGCUUCUUGUAUUGGGAUUUGUACAGAUGGCGCAGCGUCUAUGACAGGGAUACAUUCAGGUGUAGUAUCACGCGUUAAGGAAGUAGCACAUGCACAUCUAAUUUCCACUCAUUGCUUUAUACAUCGAGAACAAUUAGCUGUAAAAGAUAUGGGUGAAAAUUUCAAUGAUAUUUUAAACCAAUGUACAACAAUUAUAAAUUUUAUUCGUGCAAGAGCUAUUAAUUCUCGUAUUUUUUCUGUCAUGUGUAAAGAAUUUGGUUCAGUUUAUAAUAAUGUAUUAUUUCAUUAUCAUAUACGUUGGUUAUCACGGGGAAAAGUUUUAACGAGAUUUAUUGAAUUAAGGACUGAAAUAGAAGUAUUUUUAAGAGAAAAAAAUUCACCGUUAUCCGACCAUUUUCAAGAUACAAUUUGGUUGGCAAAAGUUACGUAUCUUUCAGAUAUAUUAUCGUUAUUAAAUGAGUUAAAUUUGAGUAUGCAAGGGCCAUUAACUAAUAUUUUUACAUGUUAUAAUAAAGUUGAAGCUUUUCUAAAGAAACUUGAUCUUUGGAUAAAACGAAUUCAGGAAAAUACAUAUAUGUUUCCAUCAUAUUAUAAUAUGACUGAAGAAAAAUUAUUAAAAAAAAAUGAAAUUAAUGUAAUGCAAUGUGUAAUUAAAACACAUUUGUCGAAAUUAAAAAAUAAAUUAUUUAAGUAUUUCCCACCAUCUCAUGAUAUUCGAUCAAACAAUAUGUGGAUUCUUAACCCGUUUUUGCCCUGUGAAAAUCAUGAAUUAUCUUUAUUAAAUGAAAGCCAACUAUUAGAAUUAUCGUCAGAUAAAUUAUUAGAACAAUCUUUUAACACUAAAAAUUUAAACCAAUUUUGGAUAUCUUUAAGAAAUGAGUAUCCUAAUCUUUACGAAGAAGCAUUAAAGAAAUUAGUUCCUUUUGCAACAACAUAUUUAUGUGAAUCCGGAUUUUCGACAUUAACUACGAUCAAAACCAAAGCAAGAAAUAAGCUUGAUGUCGAACCCACGAUGCGUAUUUCACUUACUAACUCUAUAGAAGCUCAAAUUGAUUCAUUGGUGAAGCAACAUCAAGACCAAGGGAGUCAUUAA